AAGACUAUAUAAAUUUGAAGAAAGGAAUUAAAGAUUUCAAAAAUAAAGAUGACAAUCACAUAAUCUUCUGUAAAUUAGAUAAAAGCAAAAUAAACGAAAAAAUGGAAGAAUUAGAAGAAAAAAUAAAAAAUGAAGGUUGGAAAAAAAUUGUUGUGUUAAUAGUUUUAGAUGGUCGUAAUAAAAUCAAUAAAUAUACUCUAAGUGUUCUGAGUGUUAUAGGUUGUUAUCAAGAUGGAAUUGUGCAAGAUCGUGUCAACAAUCGUAGACCUGUUACUGCACAUCUUUUUGAAUAUACUACACAAUUAAUGUUCGAUGAUGAUCUUAAUGUCCAAAGGAGCCCAAUUCCAGUACAAGUUAUGUUUUGUUUAAAACAAAAAAAUGCAAAAAAAAUAAAUUCUCAUUGUUGGUCUUUCAAAGCCUUUGCGGCUCUUUUGAAUCCAAAAAUUUCUUUUGAUCGUGAUAAUGAUGUUGGUGGUGCUUGUGAAGAAAUUAAAGUAGAUCUUGGUCAUAAAUGUAGAAACCUUCUUAAUCCUUUAAUCGUGUCUCAAAAUUUUGAAUAUAAAAUAUCUAAUAUCUUAGACAAGCUGUCAGAAUCUGUUUUUGGUUAUAUCUCAGUAUUAUCAGGAGCUUUCUCCACAUACCAAUAUGAAGUAUUAAAGAAUGGACCUUUGGAAAAAUACCUUAAAGGUAAGACUAUGUAUAAUGAUUUAGAUGCUACUAAGACUGGUAUAUUCGAAGCAAACAUGUACCUGGCAGAAGAUCAUAUUUUAAGUUUUGAGCUUGUCAUUAAGAAAAAUGAAUCGUGGAAAUUAAAAUACAUAAAG